UGUCCCUAUAGGGAUCUUCUUUCUACUUGUGACGUAGGGUGGGGCUUGUUGCCUCCCCCUGUCCCGUGGUUCCUUUCUCUUUGUUCAUUUGCACGUUCAUUUUGCUGGUCACAAAGGUGGUUUGCUCAUUUUUCAGGGCUCUGAAGAGGAGCUGGUCUAACCUGAGGUCAGGUUUCUACUGUGUGACGGACUUCUGGUCCAAGCUAGCUUAACACGGUUGGUCUGGCGUACUCUGUCUGGCUCCUGUCAUCACAGAAGGAAGGGGAGGGACCCACAGGUCAGAGACCAGGGCUGAAGGCCUCAGAACUGAGCUGGGGCAGUGUGAACUGGAGGAGGGAGAGGGGUGGGUACUGGAAAAGACACUUCCACUGCACUUAGUGUUAAAGACCUUACUUAGGCUGGCCACAGGAAUCAUGGGGUCCUCUGACCAGGUGCCAGCCCUCACGUUAUGCCUAGCUGCUCUGAGAUCUAGAGGGACGCCUGGGCUGCCUCUGCUGUCCAAGGGAUGCCCAGAGUCCCAGAGUGAGUCAUAGGCCCUGCUUUUCUCUGGUAUUUUUGGUACCACAAGAACUUGGGGUCAGGAAGAAAUCAAGAUCUGACCCUAUUCACCUCUCCUGGAAAGUCCUGCCAGUGGAAAACCUUAGUGGGCUAAUAGUCAAGUGUUUCCCAGAGAACAGUUUCUGUGGCGAAGCCUGGAUAGGACCCUGUCACCUGGAACAUCCAGCUCUAGGUCUGCCCAUAAUGGCCAGUAGCUUUGAGAACACCCUGAAAAUUUCAGAUUCUCUUUUCCUAACCUAUAACCUAGGGUGAUAAUUUUUACCCUUAUGCAAGAACAUUUUUUUAAAAAUUAAACAGAACAAAUUGUUCAUCACUGGACCAGGCAUGUAAUAGGCUCUGAUUAAAGGGCCCUCCUUUCAGGGCAAAAGCCCCUUGACCCACCCUGCUGAAAGCUGUUCUUCCAAAUAUGCCCACUGUUCCUAUGGAAAAAUGGAAGCCCAGUGAAAUUAAGGAGCCUGGUUUGGCUGGUCCCAGAGGAGCCCUGGUCUCAGGACCCAGAAAUGCCUGCCAAGUCUGGGGAUUUCAUCUCUGUGGGGAGGAGGUGAGAAACUGCCAGACUCUGGUGGGCCUUUCCCAGCGCCUUCUGCAGGGAGAUGCAGUCCUGGGGACAGAAGCAGAGUACUCUAGGAAUGGUGCACAGGCCUCCCAGGGAAGGUGGUUGUCCUGCCUCCAAUGUGUAUGUGUGUGUGUGUGUGUGUGUGUGCGCGCGCGCCUGUGUCCUCUCCCAGAGGGUAGACUCACCAGAACAGGGGUGUCGAGACAAGGAGACUUAAGGGUCCAUGGAGUCUCAGCAGGGACAGGGUAGACAUGAGGCUCAAAACCUUAGCAAGCUAAGGGUAAAGGAGAGACACAAACCCGGCGGGCCGGUCUGCCUAGGGUACUGAGAAUCCGGACUAGGCUGGGGGCGGGACCGGCCGGCUCCCUGCCCGUUCCCCGCCCUCACGUCCCCCGGGUGUCACGUGGGGCGGGCGGAAGCGCCGAGCGAGGUGGGCGCGCCCGGACCUCGGCCGCGAGUUGGCUGCGGCCGCGUGUGACAGACGGUACCGGGACCCCGAGUCCCACCUCGUGGAGUUCUCUUCGCUCAAAACAGCUCCCGCCUCAGAGCAUCAUGAGGAGCCCUUGGGACUAGGAACAACCUCCUUGGAGGACCAGGUGUCCUUGGUGGCAGGUCUGAACCUAGCCCUGGGCCUCUGCCGCCAGAAGCCAUGGCAGAGGGCCACGAUGCCGCACUGUCGGUAGCUGAGUGGCUGCGGGCACUUCACCUGGAGCAGUACACGGCACUCUUUGAGCAGCACGGACUGGUGUGGGCCACCGAGUGCCAAGGCCUCAGCGAUGCUGGCCUGCUGGACAUGGGCAUGCACCUCCCCGGCCACCGCCGUCGUAUCCUGGCUGGUCUUCACCGUGCCCAUGCACCCCCGGUCCCUCUGCCUCGCCCCGCCCCACGGCCCGUGCCGAUGAAGCGACACAUCUUCCGUUCACCACCUGUGCCCGUCACUCCGCCUGAACCGCCACCCACUGCUGGAGAGGAUGAGGGUCUGCCUGCCGCUCCACCUAUCCCACCCCGCAGGAGCUGCCUCCCACCUGCCUGCUUCACUCCGCCAUCCACAGCUGCCCCAGAUCCUGUGCUGCCACCACUGCCUGCCAAGAGACACUUGGUAGAACCCAGCGUUCCUCCUGUCCCUCCUCGAACUGGACCCCCCUACCCACAGGCCAGCCUUCUUGCUAAGGAGGAGUUACUGCUGCCAUCAGUGUCACCCCGGUCCCAACCAGAGCCUGCAGAGACUCCAUCCACCCUUCUGCCUGCCUUUCUCCAGGGGCCCCUGCAGCCUCCAUCUCCUCCUCCCUGUCCUCCCGUGAUCCCUCCCAAGCCUCCUCGCCUGGUCCCUGAGUUUGACGACUCUGACUAUGAUGAUGUCCCGGAGGAGGGGCCAGGGGCCCCAGCCAGCGUGAUGACCAAGGAGGAGCCCCUGCCAAGCCGAGUUCCACGGGCUGUGCGCGUGGCUAGUCUGCUGAGCGAGGGGGAGGAGCUGUCUGGGGAUGAUGCGGAAGAUGAAGAUGACCAUGCCUAUGAGGGCAUCCCCAAUGGUGGGUGGCCAACGAGUGGCCUGAAUCCACCCUUACGCAGCCUGAUCCCUGAUCUCCCACUGCACCCCAUGGAUGAGUUGCCUGGGGGUUCCACCCCCAUUACACCUGUCAUCAAGGCUGGUUGGCUGGACAAGAACCCACCACAGGGGUCUUAUAUCUAUCAGAAGCGAUGGGUGAGACUGGAUGCUGAUUACCUGCGAUACUUUGACAGUAACAAGGACGCCUACUCUAAGCGCUUUGUUCCUGUGGCCUGCAUCUGCCGAGUCGCUCCUAUUGGAGACCAGAAGUUUGAAGUGAUCACAAACAAUCGGACCUUCGCCUUCCGGGCAGAGAGCGAUGUGGAGCGGAACGAGUGGAUGCAGGCCCUGCAGCAGGCGGUGGUUGAGCAUCGAGCCCAAUUUCGACUCUCUAGUGCUUCUGUGUUGGGAGUCCGAGGCUCCGAGCAGCCUGACCGUGCUGGCAGCCUGGAGCUACGAGGCUUCAAGAAUAAGCUUUACGUGGCUGUGGCUGGGGACAAAGUACAGCUCUAUAAGAAUCUGGAGGAAUUCCAUCUGGGCAUUGGUAUCACCUUCAUCGACAUGAACGUGGGCAAUGUCAAGGAAGUGGAUCGGCGCAGCUUUGACCUCACUACCCCCUACCGCAUCUUCAGCUUCUCUGCUGAUUCAGAGUUAGAGAAGGAGCAGUGGCUGGAGGCCAUGCAGGGAGCCAUCGCAGAGGCCCUAUCUACCUCAGAGGUGGCUGAGCGCAUCUGGGCUGCAGCCCCCAACAGGUUCUGUGCCGACUGUGGGGCCGCCCAGCCUGACUGGGCCUCCAUCAACCUCUGCGUUGUCAUCUGCAAGCGCUGUGCAGGGGAACACCGUGGCCUGGGUGCAGGAGUGUCCAAGGUGCGGAGUUUAAAGAUGGACAGGAAGGUGUGGACAGAAGCACUCAUCCAGCUCUUCUUACAUUUGGGCAAUGGCCCUGGGAACCACUUCUGGGCUGCCAAUGUGCCUCCUAGUGAGGCCCUGGAGCCCAGCAGCAGCUCUGGUGCCCGGCGGUAUCACCUGGAGGCCAAGUACAGAGAGGGCAAGUACCGCCGCUACCACCCGCUCUUUGGCAACCAAGAGGAGCUGGACAAGGCCCUGUGUGCUGCAGUUACCACCACUGACCUGGCUGAGACCCAGGCACUCCUGGGCUGUGGGGCUGGGGUCAGCUGCUUCUCAGGGGACCCAGCAGCUCCCACACCCCUGGCUCUUGCUGAGCAGGCUGGACAGACUCUGCAGAUGGAGUUUCUACGGAAUAAUCAGAGCACAGAGGUCCCUCGGUUGGACUCAGUGAAGUCCUUGGAAAAGCACUACUCCAUUACCCUGCCAACUGUGAGCCACAGUGGCUUCCUGUACAAGACUGCUUCUGCUGGCAAGCCUCUGCAGGACCGCCGUGCCCGGGAAGAGUUCAGCCGGCGCUGGUGUGUCCUGAGUGAUGGGGUCCUGAGCUACUAUGAGAAUGAACGGGCAGUGACACCCAAUGGGGAGAUCCGGGCCAGCGAGAUAGUAUGCCUAGCAGUUCCCCCUCUGGACACCCAUGGCUUUGAGCAUACCUUUGAGGUGUACACAGAGGGAGAACGGUUGUACCUGUUUGGGCUGGAGAAUGCAGAGCUGGCUCACGAGUGGGUCAAGUGCAUUGCCAAGGCUUUCGUGCCUCCCCUGGCUGAGGACCUGCUAGCCCGGGACUUUGAACGUCUUGGGCGCCUACCCUGUAAAGCUGGCCUGAGCCUUCAGCAGGCCCAGGAGGGCUGGUUUGCCAUGACUGGCUCUGAGCUCCGGGCUGUCUUCCCAGAGGGGCCCUGGGAAGAGCCACUGCAGCUCCGGAGACUGCAAGAGCUUUCUAUCCAAGGAGACAGCGAGAACCAAGUGCUGGUGCUGGUGGAGCGGAGGAGGACACUGUACAUCCAGGGUGAGCGGCGGCUGGACUUCAUGGCUUGGCUAGGGGCCAUCCAGAAAGCAGCAGCCAGCUUGGGAGACACGCUAUCAGAGCAACAGCUUGGGGACUCGGACAUCCCAGUGAUUGUGUACCGCUGUGUGGACUACAUCACGCAGUGUGGCUUGACCUCAGAGGGUAUCUAUCGAAAGUGUGGUCAGACCUCCAAGACUCAGAGACUGCUAGACAGCCUACGGCAGGACGCACGCUCUGUGCACCUAAAGGAGGGAGAGCAGCACGUGGAUGACGUCUCCUCUGCACUCAAACGCUUCCUCAGGGACCUGCCCGAUGGGCUCUUCACUCGUGCACAGCGCCUGGCCUGGCUGGAGGCCUCUGAGAUCGAGGAUGAGGAAGAAAAGAUCUCCAGGUAUCGAGAGCUCUUGGUGCAUCUGCCCCCUGUCAACCGGGCCACUGUGAAGGCCCUGAUCAGCCAUCUGUACUGUGUACAGUGUUUCUCAGACACAAACCAAAUGAACACACACAACCUGGCUAUCGUGUUCGGGCCUACGCUAUUCCAGACUGACGGGCAGGACUACAAGGCCGGCAAGGUGGUGGAAGACCUCAUCAACCACUAUGUGGUGGUGUUCAGUGUGGACGAGGAGGAGCUGAGGAAGCAGAGGGAGGAAGUCACAGCCAUCGUGAAGAUGCGAGUGGCUGGCACUGCCAGUGGGACCCAGCAUGCUGGCGACUUCAUCUGCACAGUCUACCUGGAGGAGAAGAAGGUGGAGACUGAACAGCAUGUUAAGAUCCCCGCAUCCAUGACAGCGGAGGAGCUUACUCUGGAGAUCCUGGACCGCCGCAAUGUGAGCAUCAGGGAGAAGGACUACUGGACCUGCUUUGAGGUCAAUGAGAAGGAGGAGGCAGAGCGCCCGCUGCACUUUGCGGAGAAGGUGCUGCCCAUUGUGCAUGGGCUGGGAAUAGACAGCCAUCUGGUGGUGAAGAAGUACCAGUCCAUGGAGGCCAUGCUGUUGUACUUGGCCAGCCGUGUGGGUGACACCAAGCAUGGUAUGAUGAAGUUCCGCGAAGACCGCAGCCUCCUGGGUCUGGGGCUGCCUUCGGGUGGCUUCCAUGAUCGCUACUUCAUUCUCAAUAGCAGCUGCCUGCGGCUCUACAAGGAGGUCCGGAGCCAGAGGCCGUGGAGCGGGGCCCCUGAGACCAGUCACCGGCCUGAGAAGGAGUGGCCUGUCAAGAGCCUCAAAGUCUACCUGGGUGUAAAGAAAAAACUGCGGCCACCUACUUGCUGGGGCUUCACGGUGGUGCACGAGACAGAGAAGCACGAGAAGCAGCAGUGGUACCUCUGCUGUGACACUCAGAUGGAGCUUCGGGAGUGGUUCGCCACCUUCCUCUCUGUGCAGCACGAUGGCCUGGUGUGGCCCUCCGAGCCCUCUCGAGUGUCCCGGGCAGUGCCUGAGGUCCGGAUGGGCAGUGUAUCACUGAUCCCUCUACGAGGCAGUGAAAAUGAAAUGCGCCGGAGUGUGGCAGCCUUCACUGCCGACCCCCUUUCCCUCCUCCGCCAUGUCUGAGCACAGGAGUCGUUCUGACUCUGGGACACCAUCACCGCCAUCGGGAAGCUUUCCUGUUCAGACGCCCUCGUGCUCUGCGUGUUUGGUGUGAGCCAACAGAACACACGGGGAAGCCAUACCCACAUCCCACAUCCUGACUGCAGCACAGGCUCCUUGGCUGGGCAGAAAUGGGCUGCCGGUGGGGAUCUCCCAGGGGGGACCCUUCCUUUUUCUCCAGGCAAGCAAUGCUCUUGACCUGGCUUGCUUACCCAGGGUCACGCUCCUUGAAUCCAUGGGAUUAGAAAGAUAGACAGAAAUCAGGAGCUGUGUGGGAGAAGGGUUUGGGGCCCCUCUGGGAGGGAGCCCCGCUGGGAGGGAGCCCACCCCUUCUCACAGGCUCCCGAAUGGAAAAGGUGACACCCUGAACUUACUCCUGGGGGGGGUCUACAAGGGAGCUCGUGGGAAGCUUCUACAGGGUGGCAUCUGGACUUGGGGAGGUCAGCCCUCUUCUGGUGUGUGCGGGGAGGCCCAGGCUGUGGCUGUCUGCUAUCCCCUCCCCACUUUGGAUACUUUUUGAUAAUAUAAAUAUAUCUGUAUAUUUUACCCUA